AUGGCCAGAAAGAGCAUGGAGAGCACAGACGAGGAAGGACCUCUCCCAACGAAUAGCCCUUCCGAGCGUUCACUGCGUAUCCGCCCUGCUACUCAAACAGAUGAGAGGACAGAGACGGCAAAGAUUCUACGAAACUUCUUCCGAAACAUCGGCUUUGACUUGCAACAAUAUGAAGAUCCAUAUCCUCAAGAGCUAGACCAGAUAGCCCGCAACCGAAUCAUGUCCUGGAACCUCGACGACAAGCGUACCGCUCAUUGCUUCAAACUCCUUCCGACCGUCGCUAGUGGUACUCAGAAACAAUACGCACAAGCUUCCAUCGAAGUCAAGACAUUCAUUACAUUGUAUACCAUAUGCCUGUUCUAUAUUGAUGACCUCGUUGUCAAAGAACCUGAAAAAAUCCUUCCGGAACUGCAGAAGCUGUGUAAGCCUGUUACUUCCGCUCGUCCAAAAUCGGACAGUACCUGUUCGGAACCAUGUCUCCUCCUGUGGUCCGAGCUCGUCGCUUCCGAGGCUCAUUUGCACUACGGGCCAUACGCAACUGGCGCCAUCCAGAAGGGCUUCGUUGAGUUCCUAAUGGGAAGUAUAAUCGAGGCGCGCUUCCCACAUGGUCUCCAGGAAGACCCUUUCUCGUGCAUUCCCUCGACAGCGGCGCAUUUCCUGAGGGACAAAGCCGGUUCGGGAGAAGUCUACGCGCAUUUCAUGUUUCCGACGCACCUAGUCCCGGAGGACAAGUAUCUAGGGAAAUAUUUUGUCUGCGUGAGGGAUAUGAUGGAUUGGAUCGACUUCACGAAUGACAUUCUGUCGUUUUAUAAAGAGAACGUGGAUCUGCAUGUCGGGGUCGAGGAGAACACCUACAUCCAGAACCGCGCGAGAUGUGAGGGCAAAACACCCCUGGAGGUGCUGAGGAACCUGUGCAAUGAGGUUGUGAAGUUGACGGAGAGUAUCCGGCGAGGGCUGAAAGGAGAGAAAGUCCUCGAGGAUAUUUGGGAGAAUUAUCUCAACGGGUAUAUACUGUUCCAUGCAUGUGACCAGAGAUAUCGGCUCAGAGAGCUGGGAUUUGUGUUUGAACGAGAAAGCCCGAAGCCCGCGCCUUGA